GCUGGCAGUGGAGAUUAAAAGUGACUGGAAGUCCCAGGAACCACUGGUCUGCACUUAGAGUCCCAGGCCCCAGUUGCCCUGUGCUCGUCCUUGGAUCUAGUGCCACCCUCUUGAUAUGAGUGCCACUGCGGUAUGUCGAGGCCCCUGCCCCAGGCCUGGGCUGCUGCUUCUGGGCCUGUUGUUUCUUCCAGCCGUGAUUGCCUUCACCAGUGCUAGCCCUGAAGAAGGCGAUGCAGAUCUUCACUGUGUGUGUGUGAAGACCAUCUCCUCUGGGAUCCAUCCUAAGCAUAUCACCACGCUGGAGGUGAUCAAGGCAGGACGCCACUGUGCGGUUCCCCAGCUCAUAGCCACUCUGAAGAAUGGGAGGAAAAUUUGCCUGGACCGGCAAGCACCCUUAUAUAAGAAAGUGAUCAAGAAACUCCUGGAAAGCUAGGUACUAGCUGCCUAAAUCUGCUAUGUGUUACAUGGGAUACUGGAGUUUUGUCUACUUUCAAUCUAACUGCAGUCUUCUGAUAUUUAUGUUAUCCUCUGAGACCUAAAUAAAUGCAUUGAACCAA